AUGUUUACAGAACCUACAAGCAGGUCAUACUGGCCUUCUGGAUCCACACACCCCGCAGGCUCCUCAUGUGGGGCCAAGAGCAGCUCCAGCUCCAGCUCCAGGCCCAGGCCCAGGCACAGAGCAGCUGCUGUUCUCAGGAGAGGGCACAGAGGGGGAUGCGCUAACAAACGUACUUGUGCGUGGAGUUUGGAGUCUGCCCUCCUGUCAAAAGCGGCUGUUGUUCCCCCUGUGUUCGGCCCUUCAGAGCCACAGACCGGAGCUCUUUGA